AUGUACAAGUACAAUGCCAAGGUCUCUCUCUAUGGCUUCACGGAUGCUGACUUUGGUGGAGAUCUAGAUGGUCGAAAAUCAACUUCGGGCUUUGUGUUCUUGUGUGGAGACACAAGCGUUUCAUGGUGCAGCAAGAAACAAGCAACGGUGUCGCUGUCUACCACUGAAGCGGAGUAUAAAGCUUCGACGCUCGCAGCCCAAGAGUGUAUUUGGCUUCGAAGGCUUCUUGAAGAUUUGUUUGAGCCAAUCAACAAGCCGGUUGCCAUAUAUGGAGAUAACCAAAGUGCUAUCAAGCUGGCUAACAAUCCGGUGUUCCAUGCAAGGACGAAGCAUAUUGAGUUGGAACAUCACUUCAUACGGGAGAAGGUGCUUGAUGGAACAAUUGAAGCUUUGGAGGUUCGAAGUGAGGAUAAUGUUGCAGAUAUCUUCACCAAGUCACUACCAAAAGGUCAGUUCGAGUUACUUCGCUCGAAACUCGGGAUGGUUGAUAAAAUCAAGUUUAAGGGGGAGUAUUGA